AUGUUGUUCGCUUCGGCACUCCGGUCAGGGGCAGCUGUCCUAACUUCUCAGUGGAUAAGGACAUGGAUUUUAAACCUGUUUAUGGAGCUAAUAGUCACAUGUAAGAGGGGAAGACAUAUAAGGAAUUUGCAUAAGACAGCUGUGCAAAAUGGCGCUGGGGGAGCCUUAUUUGUGCACAGAGAUACUCCUGAGAAUAACCCCGAUACUCCAUUUGAUUUCACACCUGAAAACUACAAGAGGAUAGAGGCAAUUGUAAAAAACUAUCCAGAAGGACAUAAAGCAUCAGCUGUGCUCCCAGUCCUGGAUUUAGCACAGAGACAGAAUGGAUGGCUGCCCAUCUCUGCUAUGAACAAGGUUGCAGAAGUUUUACAAGUACCUCCGAUGAGAGUAUAUGAAGUAGCAACUUUUUAUACAAUGUAUAAUCGAAAGCCAGUUGGAAAGUAUCACAUUCAGGUGUGCACUACCACACCCUGCAUGCUUCGAGAUUCUGACAGCAUCCUGGAGGCCAUUCAGAAAAAGCUUGGAAUAAAGGUUGGGGAGACUACACCUGACAAACUUUUCACUCUCAUAGAAGUGGAAUGUUUAGGUGCUUGUGUAAAUGCACCAAUGGUUCAAAUAAAUGACAACUACUAUGAGGACCUGACACCUAAGGAUGUCGAAGAAAUUAUUGAUGAGCUUAAAGCUGGCAAAAUUCCUAAACCUGGGCCAAGGAGUGGACGCUUCUCUUGUGAGCCAGCUGGUGGUCUUACCUCGUUGACUGAACCACCCAAAGGACCGGGCUUUGGUGUACAAGCAGGCCUUUAAUUUACAUUCAGCUGUACAAAUAUCAUAUGUCACUGGAGAAAUAAAAUAUACCUUUCCCAUCUAC